AGAUAUAUAGGAGUAUUUAUGAAAUAUUACAACACAGUGCAGAGGAAGCCAAGUUCUUUAUUUCUUUCUUCUGUUCUGUUUGUGUAAAGUUCUGUCUUAACCCCUUCCCCCUCCUCUGCUGCUUGAACCAAGACAAGAGAAAUCAUAAGUUUAUGGUUGAUGGGUUCUUGUUUCAGUGUCCAAAUCAAAGCUGAGAGCCCUCUUCAUGCUGGCGCUUCAUCAAAACCUCCAUCGGUGCCUCCAACACCUCGGAGCCAGAAAGAAAUUCUGCAGUCAUCAAAUUUGAAGAGUUUUGCCUUUAAUGACCUUAAGGUAGCUACAAGGAACUUUCGUCCAGACAGUGUGUUGGGGGAAGGUGGUUUUGGCUGUGUUUUUAAGGGAUGGAUUGAUGAGAACACAUUCGCUGCUACAAGACCGGGUACUGGCCUGGUUAUUGCAGUAAAGAGAUUGAGGCAAGAAGGAAACCAGGGUCAUAAAGAGUGGUUGACAGAAAUCAAUUACUUGGGGACUCUUUAUCAUCCUAAUCUGGUGAAGUUGAUUGGAUACUGCUUAGAGGAUGAGCAUCGUCUUCUAGUAUAUGAGUUCAUGCCCCGUGGUAGCUUGGAAAAUCAUUUAUUCAGGAGGAGUUCUUACUUCCAACCGCUUUCCUGGAACCUCCGUUUGAAGGUUGCUCUUGGUGCUGCAAAGGGCCUUGCAUAUCUACACAGUCCAAAAGCGAAAGUCAUUUAUCGUGAUUUUAAAACAUCCAAUAUCUUGAUAGAUUCUAAAUACAAUGCAAGGCUAUCUGAUUUCGGGUUGGCAAAAGAUGGACCGGAGGAUGGGAAAAGCCACGUGUCUACCAGAGUUAUGGGAACCUAUGGUUAUGCAGCUCCAGAGUAUAUGGUGACAGGUCAUCUGACAACAAAAAGCGAUGUCUACAGCUUUGGAGUUGUUCUUCUUGAAAUGUUGACAGGCCGAAGAGUAAUUGACAAGAACCGUCCUACAGGGGAACAUAACCUUAUUCCAUGGGCAAAGCCUUACCUCACCAGCAAGCGCAGGAUUUUGUAUGUCAUGGAUGCGCGUAUCCAAGGCCAAUACACUCUGGCAGCAGCACUGAGAGCUGCCUCUCUUGCCCUUAAAUGCCUCUCGGUAGAGCCCAGAUCCAGGCCCGACAUGGAUCAGGUGGUUAAAGCUUUAGAGCAGCUCCAGGACAUGCAUAUCUCAGGAAAUAGUAAAAGCGAAGGUCUUCAGAAGCAUCGUGGUGCAUAAUUUCUGUUCUUCUUUUCAGUGGGUAAGACUAAGGCCAGUUAUUAGUAUUAAAUACCAGUCACAGUUAUGUGUUUUCCUUUGGGAGAGAAAAUAGGACAGAUCAUACCGAAAAAUUAAGUGAUAACAUCAGUUUGCAGAGUUAUGUGAUUGCACUGGUAGUGCAAUACAUUGUUAAUUUACUGUACAGUUUUUAUUUUA